CUGUGUCCUUCCCAGAUUGUCACAGUCAGCAAAGGGGCAGGAGACAUCAACAUCGGAGCUAACCCAUCAGCUGAGGGCGGGGAUGACGAGGGUGUAGACGACGCAGCCAACACAGAGUCAGGCUGUAACAUCGUCCUGGGCAGUAAUUUAAAACCCACACAGUUUGACAAGAAAAGUUACCAACUCUACAUCAAGGAUUACAUGAAAGCUAUUAAGGCAAAAAUCACAGAAAAAGAUGGCCCUGAAGCAGCUGAUGCAUUUGCCAAGAAAGCUCAGACCUGUAUAAAAGAGGUUCUAGGAAACUUCAAAAACUUUGAAUUUUUUCUUGGUGAAAGUCAGAACCCUGACGGACAUGUAGCCCUGCUGGACUACCGAGAGGACGGAAUCACCCCCUACAUGCUGUUCUUUAAGGAUGGAAUUAGAGCAGAAAAAUACUGAACAAGUCUUCGUAAAAUUAAUUCAUUAAAAAGAAUCAGAAGCAUCCAAAAAAUUGACAUUCAGGACUUUCUACAAAUAUUGGGAAAAAAAUUUACAACUAUACUGGAAUUCUUCAAACUUUGGACCUGAGCAUUAUUUCUGCUUGUUUCCCAUUGUGAAAUCACUCCUAGUCUCAUGGUUAUCGGGUACAUGGCUUCGGCUUCUUAUGCCAGUAUUUAUUUGUUGACACAGAAAUAUGAUUAUGAUAUGAAGACGAGGCUAUAGAUACAACUGUGAUACAUUAAAUGGGACUGUUCUUAAAUAACGCAUGUUGUUUGGCUUGUGACAAAGCUGCAAUAUAAUGUAUAUGAUUAUACAAUAAAAUUUUUAAAAAACAUAAUAA